ACACUCAGUCUGAGUGACCAGAGCACAGAUCUCCAAAUCCGUCCCAUACCAGUGUGACUGAUACUUCAUCAUGCAUUAUUCUCUGUUCCUUCUACCAUUCAUCGCCAUAAGUCAAGCUAUCCCUUUGGCGCCUCGUCAGGACUCACAAGCUCUCGCACCCCAACUACUCGAACAAAUCAGGAGUCUAAACACAGCCGUGACGCAGCUCACAACCGCUGUCAACAACUACGAUGGUUCCCUAUUUGGCGUCCUUCCCCAAGGCAUCGCAGUGAUUUCUGCGGAGAAGAAAGUCGAUUCCCUGGUGUCCAAAGCAACAGAAACUGCGCAAGACAGCAGCAAGUUCACUGCGCCGGAUAGUAAAGAGGUUGUGCAGACUCUGGCAACCCAGAUUGGUCCCAUUAAGGACUCAUUGUCUGCGCUCAAGACCAAGUACCCUGCGUUCAAGAGAACAUUCACCGCUCCGAUCGUAUUGAAGGACCUCAAGACCUUGAAGGAACACACGGGUGAACUCAUUGCCGCUGUUAAAGAAAAGGUUACCGCCGAGGAUGCUGGGCUUUUGGACUUUGGUAAAGGCAUUCUUGAUCAGGCGUUUGACGACGCGAUUGGUGUUUACAGCUAAGCGUUCUUGCGCGGUCUUCAGUCACCAUUAUUCAAGGAAAUUGCAAUGCAACAAUAAUCUUAUAUGGUAU